AUGGAGGGUGUGGUGAGAUUUGGCAAGAAAGGGAAGUUAUCACCAAGGUUUGUCGGACCUUUUGAAAUUCUGGAAAGGGUAGGAGAUUUGGCUUAUAGGCUUGCCUUACCUCCUAGCAUGUCUGGCGUGCAUAAUGUGUUCCAUGUGUCUAUGUUGAGGAAGUCAACAAAGCAACUUCGAAGGAUGGAAGUUGACUUGGUCAAGGUAUUGUGGAGUCACCAUGACAAGGGUGAUGCUUCUUGGGAGUUGGAGUCAGAUAUGAGAGCGAAGUACCCACAGUUGUUUGUUGAUGAGCAAGCGUGA